AUGGACGAGUCGCGCAACCGCUGCGUAUCACCGCAGCCGCCGGCGCCUCCCGUCUCGAUCCGUCGCAAUCCGUUAGAUCGAACGGCAGCCACUGAGUCGAAUCAUACGGCUGCUUGCAUCGCGUGUUCGCCGUGCGACAUUGAUCGGCUGCCAGAUGUCAUCUUGCUGAGCAUCAUCCGCGUCAUCAGUAGCAGCAGCAGCGGCAGCAGCAGCGGCAGCAGCAGCGGCAGCAGCAGCGCCCCUUCUUUGACCACCAGCAGCCACAACAGCGAAGCCGUUGAUGGACCGGCGACGACAGGCAUCGAUGCAAAUGGCAGUACUACUAGCAGCCGCGGCUCUGCAUCAACAGAGCCGUGCCCUAACGCCAUGACCAUCACCACCCGCGAUCGCUGGGGCUAUAAGCAACAGCAGCAGCUGCCAUGUAAAGACCCCACAUGCUCCUGCCGCAAGGCAAAUAGCACCGCCGUCUCCCCCACCCCGCCGCUGCUCACGUGCGCGCUAGUCUGCCGCCGCUGGCUGCGCCUCUCUGAGAGUCUCCCCCGCGCCAUCACUGUUUCCCCGGGCCUGCUAUUACACCCCCGCUCCCUCCUGCGUACGCUCUCCGCCUUCCCCCACCCGCGCUCCCUCACGCUACACGGGGACUCUUGCCGAAGCAUCAGCAGCAGCAGCAGAGGGACCGUCAGUGAUUGGCUCAUCGCUCGCCUGGCAGCGCUGCUGCAGCUGACGUCACUGUCGCUCGUUGGCGUUGCGGCAAUCCCGAGGCUCUCCCCCUUGGCGCCCUCCCUACUGUGCUUGGAAAUCCGUGGCGCAGGGGAGGGGGUGACGUGUCUCCCUGGAAAAUCUCUUGGGCAGCUGACGUGUCUGCAGGAGCUGGUUUUGAGGGACUGCUUGGCGCUGCGGCAGCUUCCAGAGUCGCUUGCCCUGCUGCCGUCCCUGCAGCGCAUUCGUGUAGAAAGAUGCUAUUCGGUGACGCUUGAUGCUUGGAGAACGCCCAGGGAUGGCUGUGGGUUGGCAGCUGUGCGUUUUCAGGGGGAGGAUGGGGAACGUGGUGUGGGGGAAGGGCGAAGGAAUGGCAUUGAAUCUGACGAUGCUCAUAACGUGGUUGUUUCCAUGGUGUCGGGGGGUGAGAGUGAAGGGGGGGAUGUGGGGGCAAGCUAUGGGCAGCAAGUGCCGCCUCAGUGGAGAAGGCGACAGCGGCGCCGAGGUAAGAAGCUCCACCGCUGCCAAGAGAAGCAGCAGCAGCAGCAGCAGUCGUCACAGGUUGACAGUCAGAGUAAGCAGGGUGGUGGUGUCCCCACUGUCACGGCAGCAGUACAGCCGCGGCACCCCCUCUUCUCUUCCAAACUGCAACACCUCGAGCUUGCUGACGUGUCAGCCCUUCAGCACCUGCCACGUGGCAUCCUCCAGCACCACUCGCUCACGCGCCUCGUGCUCGACGGCUACUCAGGCUCCUCCUUUUCGGCUGGUUGCAGCAGUGCCUCCGAGUCAACCGAGUCAACCAGGUCAAUGCUCGAACCUCCCAUUCGCAUGCCCAGCCUGCAACAUCUGGUGCUGCGCAAUCUUCCAAAACUUUCCCACCUGCCCGAAUGCCUUUCCCUGCCCGCCGCCUGCCCGUCCCUCACCAUCCUUUCCAUCGAGAACUGCCCGUGCUUCUCUUCCCUCCUCACUCCUCCUCCCAGCCUGCACACCUUAAAGCUUCGCAAUCUUCCCAACCUGACUGUCAUCUGCGAUCCACUGCGUACCCACUGCCCAUCGCUCUCUGUACUCGUUAUAGAGCGAUGCACCAACCUCCAUACCGUGCCGUGCUUCCCGUCGCGCAGCCUGUCCCACGUGGAGAUUCGCCACCUCCCAAACCUCACAGCACUCACAGGCCCUUCCUCACUCCUCAACCCCUCCUCCUCCUCCUCCUCCUCCUCCUCCUCCUCCUCCUCCUCCUCCUCCUCCUCCUCCUCCUCCUCCUCCUCCUCCUCCUCCUCCUCCCCUCGCCUCUCCAUCCUCGCGAUUGACAACUGCCCUCUCCUUGCUACAAUCGCUAUAAAUGCUAUAAAUGGUACAAACGCGAUACAUGCUAUAAGUGCUACAUAUGCUACAAAUGCUAUAAAUGCUAUGAAUACUAUAAAUGCCUAUUAUGCUGUAAAUGCCUCUGCACAAGUCCCUUUCGCCUUCAGAUUUCCAAGCCUGAGGGAGCUAUGGCUGCACGACCUUCCUCUGCUGCACGAGCUACCGCCCUCCUUCUCCUGCCUCUCCUCCCUGCAGCGUCUGGUCAUCACGCGCUGCCAUGGGCUCAACUCACUCCCUGGCUGCCUGCCGGAGCUCCCCUUGCUGUGCGAUCUCGCCCUCGUAGUAAACCACAAUCUAACUAUCCCGAUAGAUUUCCUGUCGCAGCUGCACUCGGUGCGUCGCCUGGUGGUGCACCGGGGGCGCGAGAACAAGAACAACAUCAUCGCGCAUCGGGGGAGGGUGAGGCCACAGUUUGCGCUGCCCCCGCGGGUGCAAGAGCUUCACACGGAUGACUUUACCAGCGAGGUGCUGCGCUUGCAUGAGCUGGAGACACUGGAGGUGACUGACGGGUUCUUCUACAAAUUUAGUAUCGAUGAGGUUCAGGUUAUGGAUGAAAUGAUUAACGUUGGCAGAGAAGGUGGAAGGAGGGGUGCAGAGGAAGAGGAGGGCAAUGGCGGCUUUAUUGAAGGCAGCAGCAGCGAGAUAACUGGCAUUAGCAGCGGCAGCAGCAGCAGCAGCAGCAGCAGCAGCAGCAGCAGAAGUAAGCAUGGCAGCAAGCAGCAGCUUCUGCCUUGCUUGCAACGGCUGUCUCUUGUUAACUGCCAUGUGGGCCCUCGCUUCCCUCCUUGGAUGCGCCACCUCACGUCCUUGCAUCACCUCUCCCUCUCCCACAUCCUCCAAUCUGAUAGAUUUGCCUGCCCUGUGGAGCAAGCCAGAGAGCCUGACCAACUGGAACGCCUGCGCAGAGCUUAUGUGCAGGAGGAGGAGCAUUGGGAGAAUCUCACGUCACUGCAGCGGGUUGAGAGGCGGCAGCAGGGGGGGGCAGCCAGGCAGCAGGGGGGGGCAAAGGGGUUGCGGGGAGGGUUUUCCCUCCCUGCUGCCACCCGAGUGGCAGAACGGGUAUCCAUCGUUGGUUCGGAAGGAUACCCUUUCUGCCACUCGGGUGGCAGCGAGUUGACUUUUAAGCCGACUCAAAAAUCAAUUGGGUAUCCAUUGUUGGUUAGGAAGGAUACCCUUUCUGCCAUUCGGGUGGCAGCAGGGAGGGAGACAGCAAACCUUUCAGCAGGCAGAUAA